GCCCCUUUGAGGCCUGUGAGGUACCUGAGCUUCCUCUCGUCCUCUCUGAGGGUGUUGAGUCUGUUCAGAAGACUAAGGAUGCCGUUGCCGUCCUUGAGGCCCUUGGUGCAGGUGCCGACGUCCAGAGGGUUAAGGAUUCUAAGAAGAUCCGUGCUGGUGCCGGUAAGAUGCGUAACCGUCGUUAUGUCAUGCGUCGUGGUCCUCUUGUCGUCUAUGCCGAGGAUGAUGGUCUUACCAAGGCCUUCCGUAACAUCCCCGGUAUCGAGCUCUGCCAGGUUGAUCGUCUCAACCUCUUGCAGGUUGCUCCUGGUGGCACUUUCGGCAGAUUCAUUAUCUGGACUCAGCCUGCCUUCGACCGUCUCCAGCAGCUCUUCGGUUCCUACAGGUCCGGUGCUGCCUUGAAGUCUGGUUACAGGCUUCCUAGGCCUUUGAUGACUAAUGCUGAUGUGGCUAAGAUCAUCAACUCUGAGGAGGUUCAGGCUGUCUGCCGUCCUGCUCUUGCUCCUGCUCGCCGUGUUGGCCAGAAGAAGAAUGCCCUGAAGAACCGCCAGAUGAUGGCCAAGCUUAACCCUGGUGCUCUUCAUCGUGCUAAGCUGCGUGCUCAGGCCCAGCAGGAGGGUACUCAGGCUCAUGCUCAGAAGGUUGCUGCUAUCCGUGCCCGUGCUGAGCAGGCUAAGAAGAGCGCUAAUGUCG